AUGUCGAAAUUUGUGGAAAUUCCGUAUCAACUUGCCACUCCAAUGUAUCUUCAUGCCGAGUCGUUGGGUUAUAUUCUGGAGGAGUUCCGAGCCGAUCUGGAAGUUGUCGACAAUGAAGACGUCGACAACGGACAAAAUGUGAAAUUCAUGCAAAAAAUGUUCGAUAAAUCGGGGUAUAAACUUCGAAUGUAUGGAUCAGCUCAGGAACUGGCCGAAAACGUGCGAAUUUUUUCAAAUUUCUCGCAAAAUCACACGUAUUUCAAUGUGGAGGAGGAACACUAUCAGAAGGCGCCGAUUCUGUACAAAAGCCUGAAGAGCAACGAGAAAUACAUUCUGAAAUCGGAUCUCUUCGUGUUUCUUCAGAAUAUGGUUUUGGAAUUCACUCAUCCCAAUCGAUGGAAUUAUGUCUCGUUGAUUGCGUACUGUUUGAAAGCACAAGAAGAUAAACUUACUGAAUGUUUGGAAUUUGUGAAAUUCAAUGAGGAAGUUGCCGAUGAUUUGGAGAAGAAAUUGAAACACGAGUUGAAGAAAAAACCGUUCACUAACGUGAUAUUCGAACAACUGGAGGUAGAACUGUCGCGUCUCAACAUGGAUCAAAUGACCGAAAAAUUCAAGAAUCUGGCGCCAAAAGUGAAUUGGGACUCCAAUAUUUGGAAAUCCAUUCGAAUCCACUCACUUCUCACUGAUCUCAACGAGAUUUGGCCAAUCAGAGAAAUUCCGAGAGUGAUGGCUGCAACUUUCAUGAGAUAUGGUCUGACACUUCGUUCUCUCCAAGAUGUUAUCGAUGAAAAUCCGAAAAUGUUCCGCCCAAGUGACACUAAGACUGUGCCAACUGUGGUUCGAGUUUUCGAAGAUGAAGAUCGAUCGAGAUAUGUGAUGAAAGCGGAACUUUCUGGAGAAGUUGAAACGGAUACUGGAGAUUCUCAAAUUUUGCACACUAUGAGUAUGGAAAGUGUGAUUGAAACUAAAGAUAUUGAGUUCAUUCUUCAUCGGAUUACGAGAGCGAAACACAGAGCUGCCCCAAUCAAAGGACCAAACAAAUCAAAGAGUUUCUACAUUCUCGCCGUCGACGCCUUCUUCGAAUUGAUGAAGGAUCUGAUUUUCGGAAUUAAAAUAUAUCAAAAAGUUCAAUGGAAUUCGAUGAAUUUGGAGAGUUUUGACAAUUUUUUCAAUCCGGAAAUCGAGACUCCAUACUUCCUCAAAACAGACACCGUGAAGAAAAUCAAAGAAUCGGUGUGCUUAUCUCUUGGAAAAGAUGCGAGUCGUCCAGCGAAAGAAGUGAGAAAUGCGAAAUCCGAUGGAUUCACUCUCCAGAAUCUCAAAAACGAGCUGAAACAUCUGGGACUCACUGAAACAUUCACAGAGAUCCAAGAUUAUGCAAAAGAUGUUUAUGUGGAUGUGUAUGCAGUGAAGAAGAAGUACAAUUUGAGAACUUGUGACUUGUUCGAUGCAAUUGAGCAGUGCCAGCUGAUUUGUGUGCUCAAUCGAAGUGAGAAACUCAAAAAAUUCGUUCACAAUCAGAGAGGAUGUGAAAGAGUUCCAGGGCUAAACUGUGCGGAUUGUGCCGAGAAGGAUUGUGUGGAGACGACUUGUGCUGUUUCAUAA